UUUCUCAUCCACAUUCUUUACCGAUAAUCAUUACACACAGCAAUGGAGAAGGCGGCAGGGGGGAUUUUCAGAGCCAGCCGAUGGAGUCUUCAUGGCAUGACCGCUCUUGUGACUGGUGGAGCCAGUGGGAUCGGGCGUGCCAUUGUGGAGGAACUGUCUGGUUUUGGGGCAAGAAUCCAUACGUGUGACAAAUCUGAAGCUAAGCUUAAUGAAUGUUUACGUGAAUGGCGAAAGAAUGGGUUAUUGCAAGUCAGUGGCUCUGUCUGUGACGUGUCCUCUCGGUCUGAGAGGGAGAAGCUCAUGGAUACUGUCUCCUCCCUCUUUGGUUCCAAACUGAACAUCCUCGUAAACAACGCCGGAAUGGUUGUAGCAAAGCCGACUACCGAGUACACGGCGGAAGAGUUAUCCGUACACAUGGCUACGAAUUUCGAGUCUGCUUACCAUUUGUGCCAGCUCUCUCAUCCUUUGCUGAAAUCCUCUGGAUCCGGAAGCAUCGUGUUCAUGUCCUCUGUUGCCGGGGUUGUUUCCGUUGACGUUGGUUCCCCCUACUCCAUAACCAAAGGAGCUUUGUGUCAGCUGGGAAGAAACUUGGCGUGCGAAUGGGCCGGCGACAACAUAAGGGCGAACUCUGUUGCUCCUUGGUUCAUAUCAACGUCUCUGGUUGAAAACUUUUUCAGAGAAGAGAAGUUCAAGGAGGCAGUGGAGGCGAGGACUCCGAUGGGUCGUGUCGGGGAACCGAAGGAAGUGGCGUCGCUGGUCGCGUUUCUGUGCCUUCCUGCGUCUUCUUACAUAACUGGUCAGACCAUCUGCGUUGACGGAGGUUUCACCGUCAAUGGCUUCUCUUACCAACCAAAGGCUUAGAAACAAUAAGGCCCUUCACAAACAUUAAUAUCUUGUUGUGUAAUAAUGCGUUAUUGCACAUUUGUAUGAGUAAAAAAGCCUUCACAAACGUAACUCAAUGUGUAAUGUGUUAAUUGGUAUUUUAUAUAAAUGUGCGUGCCAAGUACCUUGGAAUAUGAUGA